AUGGCUUCAGGGCUCUUUUCCGACUUCUCCCCAUGGCAUAUUCCUGCCAUGUUUAUAGGGACUGCGUUCACCUUGGGCGGUCUUCUUCCGUUUAGAGCCCCAGCUCGUGCUAUGCGCGAAUAUGGACUACCUGAAGGCAUUGUCAGAUCGGAACCAGCGCAGACGGCAUUUGCCAUAUAUGGCUCUCGCGUAUCCGCCUAUGGUCUUGCUCUAUGGACUUUCUACCUACGUCGCGAGUAUCAUGUUGUAGAUACGUUGCUGAGCAUGCUCUUUUGGUGGGGUGUUGCUGACCUCUGGGUCUGCUUGAAAGCGGGUGCUCCAAGGACAGGCGCCUGGAGGUUUAUCAGCAGUGUCCUUUUAGGAGGCUGGGGUUACUUUGGAUAUACUGCUAAGGGAUCUUUGUAG